CGCAUGAAUACUUGACCAUUAUCUUUCCAGACGUAUAAUAAAUCCCUAUCAAUGUCCUUCAGACGUGUGAUCCAGGACUCUGAUGAUGAAGACGACCCUUUGGCGGGGCCGCCAUCCCCCAGGCCCAACGGCGAUAACAGGCACGUUGACGUGCAGAAGGAUUCAGGUCACGUCCAUUUUCAGCAGACAGGUCACGACUCCCACAUGAGCGUCAAUUUUGACCAAUUCCUACAAUCUCAAGACUCGGCUCAUCAGGGGGUAUCAUCUUCCCAACAGCGAAGAGAAGAACGAUGGAUACCGGCCGAUGCGGGAGGCGGAUCGAUUGGUUCGAUGAUGACGGAAAUUGGACUUGCGCAGCAACGAUUGUUCGAUGACGAAGAAGCGCAUUACACGGGACAGACUGGGUAUCAGGAAGCUGUUGCGAUGGGUGUUCAUGAACAGAUCGCUUCGGAAUUCCCCGCGCCUAACGAUAUCGCCCUAGUCAACAAUGACGAUCCUGAUAAUUACACUGAGCAGCCUCCUAUAUAUACAGUCCCACAGCCCAAUGUACCCGAUUAUCCACUGCAAUAUGAACCCCGCCAGGACCUUCCUCUCGCAGACGAAACGCGACUAUCCACUCACACACCAACCGCGCAGAACAAUGAACAUACAAGCUCCAACUACUCCAUCUCAACAGGAGCAUCCUACAACAUCUAUCCAACCGGCACCGUCCAGACCGAGAUCGCAUACAAGUCCCCUCGAAGACACAACUCCGACCAGCCAACCCCUUUCUCCCCACAUGAUACAGAGCCCUUCUCUUCAGUCAGAUCAUCAAGAGUCAGCAGAACAAUGAGCGAAAACGCAGCACAGCAGUACCAUCAAGGCGCAGAUGAGCUUGCGGGUCCGGUCACUAUCGAGAUCUCGGUCGUCGAGAAGAAACGAGGCCGCAAGAAGAAGCAAAGCCUUCCUGACAACGAUGACGAUGAUGAACUGGCCCAUCACUACAGUCCUACGAUAAACCAAGAUGCCACGGCCACAACCACCACCAACAAUACUAACAAACCUGAAAGGCGCAAGCCAGGCAGACCACCAAAGAACGCGAAGCCACCGCGCGAAGAAGAAGACUGUGGUCCGAUAUCAGAAGCGAAUGCCGCAAUUCCUAUUCCUCCAGAUACCACCUCAACCAACCCUCUCGCACCUACAGAACACAAUCAGACUCCUAUACCAAUCGACCCACCCCCACAAGAUACAAGGGAACCACCUCAAAAGCCACCUAAAGAGCCAAAAAAGAAGAAACUCAAACGCGGAAAAACCACGUCAAUCACCCUGACAAAGACAUACGACCCCGAUGUCGAAGACGACGUGAUCUGGAUAGACGAGCGACCAGUCCUCCCAACAACUCACGACCACGAACCCACCACCACAGACAACGCAAACCCUCCUGCCCAGGAAGAAGAUUCCCCAAUCCUCCCAGACCCAGCCCCAGCCCCAGCGGCAGCAGCACCCAAAAAGCGCGGCCGCAAGAGAAAGAACCCGAUCGAAGAACCUCCCAUCAAUCAAUCAGCCACUGAAGCCUCGGCGGAACCUCCAAACCAGCACCCCCAACUACAAUCCGACAAAGAGAAUACACUUACAGAAGAAUCACCGUCAGAACCACAAGCACAGCCAGAAUCAGAACCAGAACCGCAACCGGAGACAGAGCCUGAACAACACCAUCAACAAGAAGAGCAAACCCCAGAUCCCCACCAACAGCCAGCACCAACUACACCCUUAAAACCAAGCAAAGGACCAAAACAACACAGCCCGAUAUCAUCGACCAGCAAAGUCCCUUAUCGGGUUGGUUUAAGUCGCAGGGCGAGAAUCGCGCCGUUGUUGAAGAUAGUUAAGCGGUGAUUUUCGGCACUAUUCACAGUGCUGGGAUCUUGUUAGUGUGCGACCUUUCGUACUGAUGGAUUAUUGAUCUUGUAGAUUAUUGACGAAGCUUGGUGUGAUGAGAACGAAUGUCGGGAUUGCAGUAUACCAAUGUGGCGCUUUGGUUGUGCUUUUUAUGCUUUACAUGUUGUCUCUAUAUACCUUAUGGCGUCUAUCAUAUCGGUGAACUCGCUGGGAGGCUGCAGGGUCGUCAAGCACUAUGCAACUGUCAAUCUCCAAUAUUG